UAAGCCACGCCCCUUUUUACUCCUACCUGGAGAGGAGUGUGGUGAAAUCUCCCCGCUCUCCCACCUGGACAAACACCCUCACCUGACGCCAAGAUGAGUCUACCGGACUACAAGUCGGCUCCAAAACAGCCUUCAACUCCACACUCUGCAGUCGUGCAGCUGAACGUCGGGGGUCAUCUGUUCGUCACCACUGUGGGCACGCUGAAGAAACACCCCGAGUCCAAGCUGGCCGAGCUGUUCAGCGGAAACCCCAAACUACGCACCGACACACAGGGACGCUACUUCAUCGACCACAAUGGAGCGCACUUUGGAGCCAUCCUGGAGUUCCUGAGAUCAGACCGGCUGCCCGCUGAGAGCAUCCAGGAGGUGCACAAAGAGGCCGUGUACUACAACAUCAAGCCGCUGAUCAAACGUCUGGAGGAAACUCCUCGGCUGUUUGGCGAGCUGGUGGCGAGGCAGCAGUUCCUCUCCAGAGUCCCGCACUACAAAGAAAACAUCGAGGUGCUGAUCCGCAUCGCCCGAGCCGAGGCCAUCGCCGCCCGCCAGUCCACCAUCCUGAUCUGCGUUAUGCGGACGGAGGAGGACUUUGGUCUCUAUGACAACGCUGUCAAGAGCCUGGAUGCGGACAAGGAGUCGGUGGUGACGUUCGGGCCGUGGAAGGCCGCGCCGUCCGUCAAGGACCUGCUGGACUGCGUGAAGAUGGACAUCGAGAGUCAGGGCUACAGCGUGAGCGUCCGGCCUAACGUCGAGCAGAAGGGCUUCAUGUCCAAGAGCUACGACUUCUUCUACAGGGUCACCUUCACCUGGUGGUGACGAGACUGAUUUGAAUCAACAGGAAACUGUACAUACUGUUCCUUCACCUUUAUAAAUUAAACAUUAGAGAGUUUUAAACUAUUAAAGAAAUGGAGGAGGUUCUUUUAGUAAAACUGUAAAUAAGAGUUUAAAAUGAUAGGUACCUAAUUAUAAUCUGUACUGUGAGUGACAUCACGUCUUUGUGCUGCUUCAUUUUAAUAAACAACCAUAACUACCCUCUCUCACAAAGA